AUGUCCAGGUCCAAGAAGAAGAACAAGAAGGCCAAGGAGAGCUUCAAAGAUAUCGAUACCAUCGACCUUACCAGCUCUCCUGUGCCGUCUUCUGAUCCAGCAUCGUCACCCCCGACUGGUCUAGCAUCAUCACCCCCAACUCGUCCUGAUGCGUACUCGGUUCCCAACUCCCCGGCCAAGACCGCCGCCGAUAAGGCAGCCAUGCCUCCUCCCACCAGCCGUCCCGGUGACAAGAGCAAUCAUCCGACGGGAAGUCCGGUCCGGGCCACUGACAAUCCACAGACUUCUCAGCCUCCGGCCCCUCGGGACCGAAACGCAGGCUGGAGACGAGCUGGCACUGGUGUCCACGACGACUAUCUGACGACGUCCAGGGGGAACUUCCGUCACAAGUCUCUGAGACGGGGCAGCGGCAUGACUGUGGAAACCCCCCAGGGCAUUCGAAAAGAGAAGGAGAUGCGCAUCCAGCAGGGACGUUGGUCAUACAACCCGUCCCAAGCCACAGCAUCCUCCCAAGCAGGCUCGAUGUCCACCACAAGGGAGCCUCCCAAGGGACCCCAAGCCCACAACAACCCGUAUGGACUCACGCGGCCUCAAAGCAGACGGGGUGAUGUCCCUCCUUUGAAGGAGCUCCAGGGAGGGUAUCAGAGAACCACUGCCCCUGCGCGACAAACAGGUGCCACCUCCAACUCUGAAACACUUCAACGUCCUGCUCCUAUUCAAGCACCCCAGUCGAACCAAAAGCCCGCUACAGGCCUAGACACAUCGAAUCCAAACCCAUCUGUCCCUGGUCCAGCCGUCGCUGAUCCGUCCGUCCCAAACCCGGCCGCCACGGAAACCACGGGCAGCCAGACCCCACGACGAAACUUCUCGAUGGCUUGCAAGAUUGAGGUCAUGGAACUCUGCCUGGCAUCGAAGGGCACGUACUUGAACAUGACUCCUUCGCCGAAUUGUGACCAGAAGCCCUUUUGGGAAAUUCUUUUCCAGAACAUCGAGCUCAACCAUGCUACCCAAGGCAUGUUUAAAGACUGGAAAGACCUCAAAUACCAUGUCGAUGUCUGGGCCCAGCCCCGCCGGACGAGUCUGAGAGAGAACAACUUGCCCGCUCCGUCCCUUGGACAGCCAGAGCUCGACCGGCUCCCCGAUGAAUGGAAUCGGGUCUUUGCACAACGCUUUUGCGCAACCAACCGAGGGUAUUUUGAGAGCAACCUCUGGCCUCUAGCUGAGGGCCAUAUCAUGUCGAUCAUGAAGUCAGAGAUCCAGACUUGGAUCACCGGCGCUCUCGAAAGGCGGAUGAACGAACUCGACCGAUAUACGCGACGUGUGCUCGGAAGCAACAGAAGGCCUGAAGACUAUGACAAUCCUGUUAGGCGAUUGGUUUACAGUUCUCAAGCGACGAGCCAGAGCGACGCGGCGCAAGUUCGUGAGACAGAGGCCCUCAUGUCGCUUGUGCUGGAGCUUCAGCCUCAACUGCGCAGUGCCAUUGCUGAGGAUAUUCGCGACGCUGAAAGCAACGACCGGGGAAACAACAACCAGCGCUCGCCUGAACUCCAGACAACUGGUCGACGACAGGCUCCUGGCUAUUACCAGCAUACACGAGAUGGAAUUAUGCCGUCCAUUGAGACUCCAACCCGGACUACGGGUUAUAGACGGGCCCCAGGAUACUACGAUCGACCUGUCUCUUCACCUCCGAUGGCUGGCCCUAGCUAUGAUUGGUAUUCAAGAAAGAGCAAGGAGCCAGACCAGAGUCGACACUCGACUCCAGGCACAGGCAACCUUUCUAUCAGAACCCGAGACGUGCCAGGAUAUGGCCCUGGGUCUGGUGCGAAGCGUCGGCGUGUGGACGAGGGCAUGUCCGAGUUUCCAUCCCCGAGUCAACUCAUGGCGCGAAGCUCUUCGACAGCUCGGGCACGGGACACCCCGGAUAAUCCGUUCGAGACGCCUCAACCACAGCAAAGAGGCCAGGGCGCUCAUCGUGAAGAAUCGCCGGACCGGUUUCGCGAGCAGACCGCGGAGUUCAACACCAUGGCUCCUGACUCGAAGAUGGACAUGUUGUACAAGGCUCUCAAGGAAACCCGCCGAGAGCGGGGCAAGGGCAAGGGGAAGGGAAAGGAACAGUAG